UGUAAAAGUGUGUGUGAGAGCGUGGCUGGGGACGUGUGUGUGUAUGUGUGUGCAUGCUCAUGUUUCAUGAUUUCAUGAGUGUGUGUGUGUGCGUGCCUUUCGGUGAGGGAUUAAGGAUUAAUUGCCUUCAGAGAUAGACUUAACUGCUUGUUACAUGAACUUUGUAAAGUUCUCACUUGGCCCCGGAGAAGAAAACAACACAGUGUAGUGAGGAGCAGAGGAAAGGUCCCUCUUGUUUUCUGUUCUUCUGAAGUGUGUGUUUCUUGAUUUUUUCUUCUGUUUUUUUUUUUUUUUUUUUGGUCUGGAGUGUACUGCCACUAGAGGGUGAGUUGAUACAGCCGGCAGCUGAAGGAGGAGAGCUGAGAAUGACAGAGACCAACCCCCCCAAGUCGGCUAAGAAGCCCCGUUGGACCUCCCUGGAGGUCGGCCUCAUUACUAUUGUCUCCUUGCUUUUCAUCGUCAUCGUUGCCCUCAUCAUCCUCUUUGCCACACAGAAGACUGAUGAAAUCUGCACCACAGCUGACUGCACGCAGUCAGCAUCUCGCCUAAUUGAAAACAUGGAUGCCAGCGUUGACCCUUGUGACAACUUCUACCAGUAUGCCUGUGGAGGCUGGCUAAAAAAGAACAUCAUCCCUGAGACCAGCUCCAGAUACAGCACCUUCGACAUCUUACGAGACGAACUGGAGGUCAUUCUCAAAGGUGUCCUUGAAAAAACAGUGGAGGGGGAAGCCACUGCACUCACCAAGGCUAAGACCCUUUACAAAUCCUGUACCAAUGAGAGUUUAAUUGAGCUCAGGGGAGGGACUCCUUUGCUGGACAUGCUUCCUGAUGUGUUUGACUGGCCCAUAGCUGUGGACGACUGGGACAUCAACUAUGGUAAAACGUGGAGGUUGGAGCAUGUCAUCGCCAAGCUGAAUGAGAAAUAUGGAACUCAACUCUUGGUUAACUUUUUUGUCGGCACUGAUGACAGGGACUCCAAUUCACACAUCAUUCAUUUUGACCAGCAGACAAACCUCGGCCUCUUGUCCAGAGAUUACUACGCCUGCACUGGACCCUACGCAGAGGCAUGUCGGGCCUACGAGCAGUUCAUGAUUGACCUGGCUAAGCUGAUCCGCACUGACCGAGGACUGACCAUCAAUGAAACCCACAUCAGAGAGGAUGUGACACGUGUUAUGGACCUGGAGAGGGACAUCGCCAAUGCUACUGAUACUCCAGAGGAUCGUAACAACCCAGUGUUGCUUUACAACAAGAUGGAACUGGGUGAUCUGAACGCCAACUUCACCCUUGAGGUUGAAUCACAGGUAUUUGACUGGAGUUACUUCACAGCUAAGAUAAUGGAUACAGUCAACAUCAGUGUUCCUGACACAGAAAAGGUCAUUAACUACUCCCCCAACUAUUACAGAAGACUCAACCUCAUCUUGGCCAAAUACAACAAGAGGGAUCUACAGAACUAUAUGGUGUGGCGUUUUGCUAUGAACAUGGUGGUGGGCCUGAGCAGAAAUUACAGGGACACCAGGAAAGCCUUCCGCAAGGCUCUGUCUGGCACUACAUCAGAGGCAGCGGUGUGGCGACAGUGUGCACUCUAUGUCAACAACAACAUGGACAAUGCUGUGGGACGACUGUAUGUGCAGGAGGCCUUCUCUGAAAAGAGCAAAGAACUGAUGGAGGAGAUGAUUAAAGACAUUCGGGAAGUGUUCAUCAGUAACCUUGAUGACCUGACUUGGAUGGAUGCGGAGACCAAGAAAGCAGCUGAGGAGAAGGCCCGAGCUAUUCGGGAACGGAUUGGCUAUUCUGACAACAUCAUGGAUGACCAAUACCUUAACAAUGAGUACAAAGAUCUGGCCUACAGUGCAGAGGAGUACUUUGAAAACAUCCUACAGAACCUGGAGUAUGUGCAGAAGAAACGCCUGCGGAAACUCAGAGUCAAAGUCAACAAAGAAGAGUGGGUAACUGGAGCUGCUGUUGUCAACGCCUUCUACUCAUCCAGCAAAAACCAAAUAGUAUUUCCUGCAGGUAUCCUCCAGCCGCCUUUCUUCAGCAAAGGCCAGGCUAAAUCUCUCAACUAUGGUGGCAUCGGCAUGGUCAUCGGUCAUGAGAUCACACAUGGCUUUGAUGACAAUGGUCGUAACUAUGACAAGGAUGGAGACCUGAAAGACUGGUGGACUCCGGACUCCACUCAAAGGUUCCUUGAUCUGUCAAAGUGCAUAGUCAAUCAAUAUGGCAACUUUUCCUGGGACCUGGCCAAUGGACUUCAUUUAAAUGGUAACAACACCCUCGGGGAGAACAUUGCUGACAAUGGAGGGAUACGGCAGGCGUAUCAGGCCUAUAAGAACUAUGUGGCAGAACAUGGAGAGGAACCACCACUGCCGGGCAUCUACCUUUCCCACGACCAACUCUUCUUCUUAAACUUUGCUCAGGUGUGGUGUGGAACACACCGACCGGAGCAAGCUGUUAAUUCCAUUAAAGUAGAUGUACACAGUCCAGGGAAAUUCAGGGUACUGGGCUCCCUUCAGAAUUUCCCAGAAUUUGCCAAAGCAUUCAACUGCAACAAGAGCAGCAACAUGGUCCCUGACAACAUCUGCCGUGUGUGGUGAUCCACAGACCUCUGGGAUGGGGACUGUUCUGAAGUGGGUCGUCCCUGUCUCCUUGCAGUACCUCUCCCCUCUGACUGUUGGAGCACUCGUGGGGGGCUACAGGGAAGUGGAAACUCCCCUUAGCUCUUUACUGGAUGGACCAGGGCUGGUGGACUGACACUGCAGUAUCCACUUCCUCCGAGGAAAACAGUGGACUGUACCCUCGCGGACAGACGGAGCACUGUCUCUCCAACUCUGAUACUGUAGUUCAUUCAAUCAGCCAGAUUAUUCUGCUAUUCACUGGAUACAAUCACUCCUAGUGUUUUUAUUUUUUCCUCUCAAUUUUCAUCCUGUUUUACUCAUCAGUUGUGAGUCUGCCAAUGUAUGUGUAUGUGUGAGUGCGUGUGUGUUUGAGUGUGAGAGAGAAAGUGUGGUUCAGUCAAAAUACUGUACAAGUUGUUGGCAAGAGAGGGGCAGACAGACAAAUGUGCAAAUCCACUGGCAUAUGAAUACACCACCCACUCACACUCAUACACAUGUAACAGGGCUGAACCACUGUACUGUAUGUGGGACUGAGCUGUAUGCCUCUCAUAAAACCUCAGCUGGUUUCAGCCUCCAUCUACAGUAUGUACUGAUACACUCUACAAUGUAUUCAUAAUGUACUCUUUGUUAAUACGUAGAAAUUGAUUAGGUAAAUUAUUACAGAAAAUCAGAAUUUAUUUUGCUGAAUAGACCAGUAAGUAUUAAACUGUAAUCACAUAUUACACAAUACAGUUCUAUCUUUAAUAAUAAAGACUUAACUGCAGUUGACAGGCAGCUGCCGCUCAUUAGCAGUAUGUCAAAUAAACCAAAAUAUAUAUAUUUUUUUGCCUUUAAGACGACAGCUGGUCAUGAGUCAUUGAGCUGACAAUCGAGUCACCAGAUCCUUUUUAUACAUUCACCGAGCCUCCUGUGUGUUUCUGCAAAGAUGUUUGUCACUAUGUGUUUUCCAGUCUUUUUAAAGGGAAACUUUGACUAUUUUAAACCAGCUCUGUGUCAUCACAGUGUGUGCAGAUGAGUCCAGAGCACUAUGCUGGUCAAAGCUGGUUGAACUUCAGCAAAUUUCCCCUGAUCGCUGCCUACUCUUUGUCAAGCAAAUUAGUAUGCCUUACAUGAUCUGUUGUGCUGCUGUGUCUGAGAGGAUGAUGUGUAUUUGCAGGAGAACAAAGGAUCAGAAAAUGCAUCAUUAAAGCGAUAGUCUGACUUUUUCAAAAAUCACUUAAUUACUUUCUUGCGGUGAGUUAGGUGAAAAGAUCAAUACCACUCUCUUGUCUUUAUACAGCUGGCAGCAGGCUAGCUUAGCUUGGCAUAAAGACUGGAAACAGCCAGCCUGGCUCUGUCCAAAGGUAAAAGAAAAAGUGCCUGCAAACAUCUCUAAAGUUCACUAGUAACUUUGUUACUUCUCGUUUGUUUCAUCAGUGCAAAAAACGAAGUGGAGGACAUGUCUACCUGAAUACAUGUGGAGCCCACGGUAUAUAAUGAGGCAUUAUGACACUGUCAGACAUCCUACAAACUCUUGUGCAAGUGGCAUAGGAGCAACAGGGCUCCUAUGUAGGGGGCUCCACCUGUAUUAAAUAAAGAAGUGUUACAAUACUGUAACCUUCACUCUGUCUCACACAUCUCACAUGUUGGGUACAGUGGGUGGAGCCCAAUAAAUGAACACCCUGCCGCGAUAUAACAUCUGCCUAGCCACACUGAUCCUAACCUGCUAAAGGUUAGUGGGCAAAAGGAUGUCUGAUGGCGUCACAUGCCUCCUUAUAUGUGUAUGCAUGCUUAUGAUUGGAGGAGAGUACUGCUCAUAGAGUACAGUAGAUGGCGUGUGAGAUACAAUAACAAGCUGUGUUUCUGCAUGGUGUUAUGUGCCAGACGAUUUCUUGGCUUGGAGCAGUAACUUUGUGGAGUCUCCGCCAGCUGCCUGGUAACCUAAUUAUGACAAGUCUUCAGGACUUGAAGUCUUUCCCCUUUCAUUUCACUGUUGAUUAAACAAACAUAUAACAGAUUAAUUAGUUAGCUUUAAAUGUGCUGGUCGGCAGAUUUUGUCUUUCCUUUGGACAAAGCCUGCCAGCCUGUUACCCCUGUUUCCUGUUUCUGUAUACUAAGCCAAGUUGUAUUCAUAAUUAACACACUGGUAUGAGUGGAACCAAUAUUCUCAACAAACUCCCGGCAAGAAAGUGAAUAUUUAAGAAAUUUAAGAAUCUAUUUAAGAAAGGUGCAGCGAUUUCUCCAUUUGAUCUUGGUUUCGUCACAUGAAGUGUGCCAUAUUACCCAUCUUUUUUUUCUUUCUUUUUUUAAUAACUUUUACACAUUGAAGUCAGUUGACAGACAAUAUAACUGAGCUUUCGAAGGAUUUUUCUAUUUUAGACUGUGAGUCUUUGCUGGAACUUUUGAACUUUUCAACAUUGCAUGCAUUUAUCUGAAUGCAGGGGGUAUCACGUCAGUGGAUAAAAGUAUAAUUUUCCUGGUUUUGAAUGACUUUAUUUUCUACUACAAAGUUUAGCUGAAGCUGUAACACAAGGUUGUUAAUUGUGGAAAUUUUGCCUUUGCCUAUGCCAAUGAAUGACACGCCAUGAUCAUGGAGACUACUUCUUCAGACAGUUCACAACACCCUCCAUGUCCAGUCCACAUUGCUGUUUCCCUGUACUCUGUUCUUCGCAUUGUUUGUGCAAGUUUCCUGUCCCUCUGUCACUGUCGCUCACUCCCUCAGGCUUUCUUUCUCUCUGCCUCUCUCUCACACUCCACCUGUAGAAAGACAGAUAUACCUCAGUUGCCUGUAUUUAGAUACUUUAUUAUAAUGACUGAUAAUCAUCUUGAGGAGCAUUUUUUCUUUCAAAAUAAAUCUUUAAAUAACA